AUGCCUCAUUCUGGGGGACGAGACCGUGAGCGGGAAUGGCCCAACGCACUCAUAAAACGCUACCGCAUCGAGGUCGCCGCCAGCACAUCCAGCGUCUUCUCCACGCUCGCGGCCUUCCCCCUCGAUAGCGUCAAGACACGCAUGCAGACGUAUCAGUAUCGAGGCUUCUUGGACUGUGUCAAACAUACCUACCGCACAGAAGCUCUGGGGGGAUUCUUUCGAGGUGUCACUGCUCCCAUGGCGAGCAUCACACUCGUCCGCACCGUCUCUUUCUCGAUUUACCGGAGAGCAAAGCAUGUCUACUCCGACUGGGUCAAGAAACACACUGGAUUCGAUAUUCACCGCCAUGCAAACACUCCUGGAACAUAUCCCACCUUUUAUUCAGUGGCCUGCUUUGGUGCCGCUGGCGCAACCGCAGGCUCCGCAAUCACCUUUUUGGCCUGUCCAUUUGAACUCACAAAGCUCAGCGCUCAGGUUUCCGUGCUGUUGGCGGAGCGUACUACAAACUGCAAGCGAAGUCGCGAGGUGGCUAAGAGCUACCAGAACAAGGGCACACUAAAGACCAUGGCUAACAUCAUUAAACAUCGAGGAGUUCUGGGACUUUAUACCGGUUUCCAGUUACAUCUCUUGCGAGAUACUUUGGGCACAGCCAUCUACUUUAUGGUAUAUGAAAGCGGGAAACAGCUUGGAACUACAUUUGCUGGCGAUAGCCCAAACAACAACAAGCUGGCUGUCGUUGCAUCUGGAGGCCUUUGCGGGCUGGUAUCAUGGGCUAUGAUCUAUCCCAUCGACUCAGCAAAGAGCAUAUACCAGAGGAACGCUCUUCUUUACUCACGCGGCGAAACGGUCGAACCAGCGCCGAAAAUCGAAUUCUUCAAGCGUCAUAUGUAUCGCGGUUUGGGCGUCUCCAUGAUUCGGUCGUGUGCCGUCAACGCCAUUUUCUUCUCAUCUUUUGAAAUAAUUAAAAAACGCAUCAAGCACCUCGAUGAUGAACCCAAGGCCUGA